UACUUCAAUAAGGGUUUUGAAUGCAGGACUUUAGUGGAGUAUUUUCACAGUGUGGUAUUAGUACUUUUACUUCAGUAAAGGGUCUGAAUACUUCCUCCACCACUCCCUGUUGGCGACGGGCCACUGAGAGGUGGAGCAACACUGAAAGAGGAGAGCUUCAGCGUCACAUUUCCUGGUAUGAAAGUGAAAGUUUGUCUGAGCGACAGCAGAGCUGCAGUCGAGACAAGUCUCUCUGUUUCUCUCUAAAGAAACAUUCAACUGAAUCCAGCAGCUUUUUAUCAACAACACAGCAGAAUCUCUGCCAAACACUGAGUGUAGAUAUGUCUGCUGCCAGCUGUCUGCUGACUGAAGAUCAGUUUCUGUGCUCCAUCUGUCUGGAUGUGUUCACUGAUCCAGUUGCCAUACCAUGUGGAUACAACUUCUGUAAAACCUGCAUCACUCAACACUGGGAUAUUAAUGUCCCGUUUCAGUGUCCCAACUGUAAAGAGGUUUUCAACACUAAACCUGAGCUGCGAGUCAAUACUUUCAUCUCUGAGAUGGCUGCUCAGUUCAGACAGUCAGCUCAACAGAAAGCCAGCAGCAGCAGCUCAGAGCAACAAGCUGCCAAACCAGGAGAAGUUCCCUGUGACGUCUGCACUGGAACCAAACUGAAGGCCCUGAAGUCCUGCCUGGUGUGUCUGGUCUCCUACUGUGAGACUCAUCUGGAGCCUCAUCUGACAAGGUCAGGCCUGAAAAGACAUCAGCUGAUCGACCCUGUAGAGAACCUGGAAGGCAGGAUGUGUACGAAGCACGAUAAACUGCUGGAGCUGUUCUGUAAGACCGACCAGAUGUGUGUCUGCAUGCUCUGCACUUAUUCAGACCACAAGACACAUGAUGUUGUUCCUCUGAAAGAAGAAUAUGAAGGAAAGAAGGCCGAGCUGGGGAAGACAGAGGCUGAAAUUCAGCAGAUGAUCCAGAAGAGACGACUGAAGAUUCAGGAGAUGAAACACUCAGUGGGGCUCAGUAAGGAAAAUGCAGACAGAGAGAUAGCAGAUGGUGUUCAGGUCUUCACCGCCCUGAAAGAGUCUGUUGAGAGAAGCCAGGCCGAGCUCAUCGACUCGAUCAAAGAGAAGCAGAGAAAGACAGAGAAACAGGCUGAAGGCUUCAUCAAAGAGCUGGAACAGGAAAUCUCUGAGCUGAAGAAGAGAAGCACUGAGGUGGAGCAGCUCUCACGCUCUGAAGACCACCUCCACCUCCUCCAAAGCUUCACAUUCCUGAACGCUGCUCCACCCACCAAGAACUGGACAGAAGUCGAAGUCUGUCCACCUUCAUAUGAGGGGACUGUGGUGAGAGCUGUGAAUCAGCUGGAGGAGACGCUUAUUCAACAGAUGAAGAAGCUGCUUGCUGAGGCCGAGCUGAAGAGGGUCCAGCUGAAGAAGGUCCAGCAAUCUUCAGUGGAUGUGACACUUGAUCCUGAUACAGCAUAUCCCAAACUCAUCCUGUCUAAUGAUGGAAAACAAAUUAAACAUGGUGACGUAAAGAAGAAUCUCCCAGACAACCCAGAGAGAUUUGAUACUUGUCCCUGUGUCUUAGCAAAGCAGAGUUUCUCUUCAGGAAGGUUUUACUACGAGGUUCAGGUUAAAGGGAAGACUACCUGGGAUUUAGGAGUGGCCAGAGAGUCGAUCAACAGGAAGGGACGAAUCGAACUGUCUCCUGAGGAUGGUUACUGGACGAUGUGUUUGAGGAAUGAAAAGGAGUACAACGUUUGUACUAACCCUUCAGUCUGUCUCUCUCUGAAGUCUCAGCCUGAGAAGGUGGGGGUGUUUGUGGAUUAUGAGGAGGGUCUGGUCUCCUUUUAUGAUGUUGAUGCUGCAGCUCUUAUCUACUCCUUUACUGGCUGCUGCUUCACUGAGAAACUCUACCCAUUCUUGGGUCCCAGUCCUAACUGUGGUGGUAAAAACUCUGCCCCCCUGAUCAUCUCUCCUGUCAAUCACACUGAGUAGAACAACCAUUUGAUUUUCUACAGAAAUAUUCUCUUUAAUUUAAUGAAAAAUGUAUAUUAUUGGUGAUUUAAGGUGUAUACAUUGUUUUUCCAGAUUCUGAUCAUUAUGUUUUAUUUCCUUUAUUUCUCUCUGAUCUCUCACAUUGCUACUUACAACACACUGAUCUUACAGCACUGAUUGAUAUUAUCUAAUGUAGUCUAAUUUAUUCUAAUGACUGCAUUACCUGCCUUCAAGACUAUUAAAAUCAUCAUAAACAAUUUAUUAAUGAAUAAGAAACAUAUCCACGUACCUUAAUUGUAUUUUCAUAAGGUGUUUUAAGGGUUUUAGUUUUUAUAAUUUCAAAUAAAAGGACAAAUUAAGGGAUCUCUGGUGUGUUUUCAGGGUAAAUUAAGGAUCAAUUCUUGAUUCAUUUUGGUACAAAAUUGACAGAUAUUUGGAACAUCGACGAAAUCUGAUCACAAAAUAUUCAGCUGCAGUGGUUUUAAACACCAGAGAAGAAGAAAAGUUCUGUCUGUUGUGUUAUUUUUAUUCCAUAUUGUCCACCUCUCUGCAGACUGCAUAGAUAAAAUGAGAUAAUCCUUUUUUAAUUAAUUAAUAAUUUUCAGGAUUAUGGCAGCAAAGGGAUACAGUGCAGACAACAAGAAGCAUCAGUAAAAAACAAAACAAGAUCUAAUAAAUAAGCAAGCAAACAAUAAAGAUAAAGUCAGUAAGAUAUUGUUGAUAUUGCACAGAAUAUUGAAUAUUGCUAUUGCACAGUGGAAAGUUUAACAAAGUCAACAAGUUUCCACAGGAUUUUUUUACAUCUUUGUGAUUUCACUUUCAUCGAGAAUAAUCUGUGUUUAUGAGUGUGAUGGUGGAGCUGCCUGUUAAUCACACACA